UGUGUAUCGAUCAGAAAGAUCUUAAAUAAACGCUUACAUUGAAAUAUAGCUCUUUCUUCUUUUGUUUACUACACACAACGUACCAGAGUGUUGAAGUCUUAUUAUAUAAGUUUUGGUUUCAACAUAUUAUAUUUCUUACGUCGUCUUGUUAAUAUAUUCUAACAUUAAUCGUUUCCCCAUAGAUCCACCACAUCAUUGGGUUAUAUUUAUUCUUUUGGGGUCACAUCUAUCAUUUUCCCUUAAAAUUAUACACAAAUUUUUUUAGCCUUUUGCACCCAAAGGAAAACAAAAUAUAGCCAAUGUCGGAGACGUGGCAGAGCCAGGACAAAAACCUGGUCGCAAGUGGGACUCUCUCGGAGAACUAGAGAGUUCCAUUGCUUGCACGCCUUUUACUUAAAGAUAGAAAGCAUUCCUUUUAAAGAUAUAUCACUUUCCUUUUGGAGGAAAGAAGCAUGCAAGAAUGAGCAGUACAUGACCGGGUGACUGUGGUCGAGUGGUAAGGAGACGGAACUGAGACGCCAACACGUUUCAGGUUUGAUCCACCUGCUCCGCGAAACUAAAAGUUUGAAUGGUAACCAAAGGAACGAAGAAGAACACUACAUUCUUUAAAGUUCCUCAAAAAUGUUACCAUUCAUGAGGAAUAUUUUUUCUUCUUCAUUCCUUCUCAUUCCCUUUUUUUAGAGAAUUAUAAUGUAAAUUUGUUCCUUGUUAAUUUUGAUAAGGAACCCUCAUUCCUCACCAUUCUCAAAAUUUUAUUCCUAUUCAUUCUUUUCCUAAUCAUUCUUAAUGUUCUUCAAUGGUUACCAGUCACACCCUAAGUCACAAUUAUCGUGGUCACCUAACACGGAUAUGGGCAUAUGCUUUAGGGUCCAUCUGAAUACCCGGAGAGAGAGUCUAUCCAUGGGCUGCACCUUUUCUUGGAGAUUAGUCUGGGCCUCUCCAUGGACCUGAGAUACCCGAGGUUAAUCAAAAAAAAUAAUAAUAAUAAGAAUGAGCAGUACACACUUAUGAUCUCAAUUAGUUACGACUGUAUCGUAUCGUGUCUUGUCAUGUCAUAUGAUACAACACGUGGCUGUUUGUGAGAGAAGUUCGCAAACAUGUCCGAACAAAAUAGAGGCGAAGUAGUGGCUUAUGACUCUCUUUAGUCUCGACCUCAGCCAGACACUUCCGUAUUAAGCAUAUCUUUUAGCUCAAAAGAAACACUUCACUACUUCUGUAACGUCCCAUCUUACGUGCUAAUAAUACAUUUUCAGACGUUGCCCACGUAAGAAAUUCACGACGAAUGCAGAUCACACGAUCAUUGUUCUGGUCCUUAUCGAAACUCUUUUACACUUGUGUCGUUUAUUAGAUUCUCUCAUCAACACAUACGACAUGAGAAGACGGACAAUAACAACAAAUUGAUUAGAUUCUUACCCACACAUUUAAAAACGUGAAAUUACAUUUCUACAAAAUAUAAUUUAAUAAAAAAUGUAUUCUACAAAAUCUAAUUUAAUAAAAAUCCUGUUUAAUUUUUGUUUUUGUGAUAAAAUAUUUAUUUUUGUUUAAGUUAAAAAUGUUGGAGUUACAGAAUAUAAUAAAUUCAAUUUGUAUUUUUUUUAUUUUAAGGCUAAAACUGAGUUAACAUUUAUGUAUAUUUUUAAUAAAUUGUUUAAAUAAUAAAAUUUUAACAAAAAUUUGUUUUUUUUAACCAGACAAAAAAUUGUUAUAGUAAAAAUAGAAAGUUUCUAAAAUUUUAAAAAUAUUCAAGGGUAAAACAGUGAUUGUGUGUUCUGUUAAAAUGAUCUAAUAUGUAAAUAAUUAAAAAAAAUUGGUAGAAUAAAUCAUGAUCACACGUAUAAAUAAUAUUAUUACCAUAUGAUAGUUCUGUCACAAUUAGAUAAAUAGAUAUACACUUGCUUUAUCCAAUAACCACAUAUAUAGACAUCAAUGGAAAUCAUCCUAAACAUAUAUACAUUAAAUAUUCACAGUUGAUACUAAGCUCGAUAUGCAAGCAUAUCUUAAUACCCUAUAUAUAUAGCUACAAAACCCAAAAGAACACUAAAAGAAAAACAGUAGAAGCAAGAAAGCGAAGACAAACAUGAAGCUGCUAAGUUGGAUUCGAACUAUAAAGCAAAACGGUUUAGACCAAUCAAAGGAGUUCAAAGGUAAUUUCUGUUGCUUAAGAGCUCAGGUUUCAUCUGAAGUCCAAGACAUCCGUACAAACUCCUUCUCCUUCUCCUUCUAUGGACCAUCUCAUGACCCGAAACCACCAGAAGCUGAUGAGGAACUCGAGUUUGAUCAUGAAGACGGGUUCGGUGGAUUUCUAACGAUCGGGACGCUCGGUAGAGAUCCUGAAACACCAAGAUUCACUUCAGUUGCAAAAGAAGAUGUAAGCGGAGUACACAAAGAUAUUGCAAAGCUCAUUACUGAGAAGGUAGACAAGUUGCUUGAGGAAUAUCCGGAGGAUAGUAGCAGUAAGCAGGUUGAGAGAUCGAAUGCAAAAGAACAUAGAGAAUCAGUUGAUGUACGUAAAGAACGUAUUGAGUUUACAAAGAGCAGCAAAGAAGUAAAGAAGAAAGAGGGUUUACUUACAAGCCUUUUCAAGAGAAGAAAGACGGUAGACGGAGAGUGUAACACCAUGGAGAAACAUGGCACAGGAUAUUUGAUUAAAAGGGUGUUCGAGAAGCUCUACAUGUCUUCUUCAAAGACAAUAAAAGAUGACAAUGAUGAUUAUAUGCACAAGAAGAAAGACAUCAGAAAGAAUGUUCAAAACUUCCGGAGUAAAGUCCAUCCUGUUCUCUGUACACCUGCAAGAGACGAUAACGAGAUAGAUGACAGAAGAAGCUGCACCAACGGCUCCAAUCUCAAGACUCCACGUCCGUUUUCAAGCUCCAUCUCGGAAGCGAACAGGAAAAGAGAAAAAUGGAUCAAGACUGACGCAGAGUAUCUUGUUCUUGAACUUUGAAGAUCAACACACAUUGCAACAAACCUACAUUGAUGUUCUCCUAUGAAACUUAUAUGUAAUCUAUAAAAUCACUAUCUAUUAUUGUGUUGUCAAAAGGUUAUGUAGUCUAGUUUAAGGCAAUUAAUAAUAAAGCUUCUAUAUUACUCAAAUUAAACAGUUCAAAGUAAGCAUAUGUGUUAAACUGCUCGUAACUGUCUCAUCUCUGUUUCAAACGAAUCACUGCCGCAACUAAAAUGUCUAACUGAUGAUACGACCCACUUUGACUAUUGAUCUUGAACUCUAACAAAGAUUAGAAGCUAUGAAACUCAACAUAGAGAAAUCACAAGAAACAGAGGUAUUGAACUUGAUGCUUCUUAGACCAGACCAGAUUCAAUCGGUCCGGUGUCACUGAUCAAGGAGAAACAAACAAAAAGGAAACAUAAACUACUAAGAAAACUAUCAAGUUGACGCAUAUCUUGGUAUCAUCUUUAGAGGUAGUAAUCUACUUUAGAGCAAACUCUUUAACAUA